GGUCUGAUAGCCGAGCGGGCUAAGGCGCCAGUCCGUACUGUUGGUGCUGGGUUUUGUAUCCCGUCGGUUGCAUUUUUUUGUGUUUGACAAAAUUGUACAUGAAGUGUGUAACAUUAAGUGUCUUUUUGACGAAGGUGAUGUGCUGGGAGGCUCAGGUGAUCAAGUGAAUGGUGAUAUCCGGAAGAUCUGUAACCUGGGAAAUUGGAAAGUAGCAGCCCAAGACCGAGAAAGAUGGAAGCGUCUUCUUGCUACAGCACGCGUACCUGGUGCGCUAUGCUGAUAUGGUAUGUAUGAUGUGCAUGCUUUUGCAUGCGAUUUCACUGUCGGAUUUUUUGCUGUGUAGUCUAAUACCUGCUUGAGCUUCAGAGAAUUUUGCAUAUGCCUGAAAAUGAGAAAUAUUAUCUCACUCAAUCACACAAUUGGGACCAAUCGGUCCAACAGCCCUUGAUAGCUGCAGUGCCCCAAAAUUUGCAGGUGUUUAGAAAGGGUUAUCGUAGGUCGGUUCACCACAUCAUCCGUGGCAGGUGCCUUAUCUAUGAUAAGGGCACCGAGCUAAGAAAACCAUGGAAAGGGUGGGUUUAGCCGGCGUUCAAGUGAAACACAAUGGUAGAUGAUAGCACUGAUGAAUAUUUUGGAGAACCAUGUGCAAGAAGUAUAAAAGGAAACCAUCAAGUCUAAAGUAGCUCAGUAAGGCUAUCCUUGACCAUGCGGCCAAUUCUGUUACUGGUCGCGCUAGUUGCGUUGGCGUCCUCUGCUGUUGUACCUCGAACAAGGCGAAACCAUGCUGCUAGUCGGGCGAUAAUUCAGCACAUGCUGACGAAGGGAUUGUACUCGGAAGAGUCCGUCGAGUCUACCAGCAGCAGUGAUCGAGAUGAGCGUAUUGUGGUCGAGAACUACUUCACGACCCGGCUCAACCACUUUAAUCAUCAGCAACGGGAGGACUGGACUCUGCGGUAUCUGUCUGUUACGGAGCACUACAGGCCGGGAGGUCCCAUCUUGAUUCGCUUGUCCGGAAAUGGACCCGUUCGGCGGGAUAUGAUCAACGAAUCUUCGCUGAUCACCGAGCUGGCUCGAGAAAUGGGCGGGGCUGUGUAUGCUUUUGAAACACGAUUUUACGGCAUGAGCAAGCCCACCAAUGACGUCAACACGGAAAUUAUGCGCUUUUUGAAAACCGAUCAGAUCAUGGCCGAUUUGGUGGAGUUCAUCAUUUAUCUGAAGCGUGACGUGUUCCGGGAUGAGAACAUGCCGGUGUUGGUGUCGGGUGCAGGUUACGGAGGAGCGCUGGCCACGUGGUUCCGCGUGCGAUAUCCUCACAUGGGUGAUGCCGCCUGGUCUUCUGGAGGAUACCACGAAGCUGUGCUGGAUUUUAGCGACUUUGCCGAAUCCUGGAGUGAGACACUGAUCGAUUACGGUAGUCAACAAUGCUACAACGAACUCUUCGUUGCGUUUAACGUGAUGCAAAACCUGAUCGAUAUCGGUAUGACCGAUAUGCUGUACGAGAAGCUGAACAUCUGCACCGAAAUUGACCCGGAGGAUAGUCUCCAGGUGCAGUACUUCUUCAGCACGCUGAUGACCGCCGUAGAAAUGCACACCCUGCGCAAUAGAAACUUGACCGACUUUUCCACCUUCUGCGACGAACUCCUCAGUACGGAAGCCGCCACAGCUAUCGAAGCGUUCACCACCUGGUUCAACUCGCGCUUCACCGAGGACGAAGGUUGCAUCGUGACGGAUCUCCAAACCGUAGUCGAUGCGUUCCGCGAAACAGACUGGGACUCCCCGUUUGUAGCAAACGGAGCCCGUCAAUGGAUGUACCAGCAGUGUGCCGAGUUUGGCUGGUUCCAGACAACAAACUCAGCCUAUCAACCGUUCGGAAACCGCGUCACCGUUGAGCUUCACGCGGAAAUUUGUCGCAUGGUGUUCGGUGAAUGGGCAACGGAGGAAACCAUUCUGCAAGCCGCGGAACGUACCAACAAUCGCUUUGCGGCGCUUACGCCAAACACGAGGCGAAUCCACUUCACCAGUGGGGCGGAAGAUCCCUGGAGGGCGGUGACGAUCAGGGAAGAUCUGGGCGGGCGUGCCACCGCUGACGUCAUACCGGGUAUACUGAGCGGUUCCGAAAUGAAGGCCACCUCGGAAAAUGAUUCUGAAGAGCUGCGGGUAGCUAAGAGAAGGAUAAAGACUGUGCUGAAAGAUUACAUAUUGCGACCGAGUGGUGGAGGUAAUCCGGGAGGACCGGGAUGGCCAGGCGGCCCAGGAGGUCCAGGAAACUUAUAA